AUGCUGAACACGUCUACGCGGAGCGACGCACUACACACGACGCUUAAAAGUGCGCCGGUGAUGCACUCGGUCCGUUUCCAUGGACCCGGUGAUAUUCGCGUUGAUGAGGUAGAAGAGCCGAUCUGCGGAAAGGGACAAGUAAAGGUUCGAUUGGUUUGCUCAUUCUUCCCACUGGAUAUGGUAUUGACCGAUAUCAAUUGCGUUCAGAUGAAACCCGCUUAUGUUGGGAUCUGCGGUAGCGAUCUUCACGAGUACACGGGCGGCCCGGUCUUAAUCCCUGAACAGCCACACCAUAUCACUGGCUCGACAUACCCAGCCACACUCGGUCACGAAUUCGGAGGGUUCGUCGAAGAAGUUGGCGAGGGUGUCACGAAUGUCUUCCCCGGCCAACGCGUUGUUGUCCGCCCGACCAUUUUCGAUGGAACAUGCAGUGCGUGCCAACGGGGAUACAACCACUGCUGUGAGAACAUUGGAUUUAUUGGGCUGAGUGGGUAUGGCGGCGGUUUGUCGCAAAAGGUCGUCGCACCAGCCAACCACUUUUAUGCACUGCCUAACAACAUCUCCCUCGAAACGGCCGCUCUUGUCGAACCGCUCGCCGUAUCCUGGCAUGCCGUCAACCUCUCUCCCUUCAAUAAGGGCGACAACGUCCUCGUCAUGGGCGGCGGGCCGAUUGGGCUGGGCGUGGUGCAGGUCUUGAAAUUGCACGGCGCAGGACAGAUCAUGGUGGCCGAACUCAUGGACAGUCGCAAGAAAAUGUGCACAGAGUACGGCGCGACCACGAUCCUUGACCCGCGCGAGGUGAAUGUCGCCGAGCGCGUACGCGAGCUCACCGGCAGCGUUGGUGCAGACGUGGUCUUUGAUACGGCCGGGUCUGAGAAGGCGUUGAUCGGGGCGAUCCCUGCUGUUCGAGCACAGGGGACGAUAGUCAAUAUCGCUGUGUGGGAGGGCAAGCCGGCGCUCCCUGUCAACCAGCUGAUGUACCAGGAGGUGCGGUACAUGGGGGCGGCAUUGUAUGACGAGCAGGCCUUUCUGGACGUGAUUGAGGCGUUGAGCCGUGGCGACUUGCGACCAGAGGCGAUGAUCACCGCGAGAAUUGCCCUGCAGGACGUUGUGGACCGGGGAUUCCGGGCAUUACUGGACCACCGCGACGAACACUGUAAGAUCUUGGUGGAUGUGCAGAAUUAG